UAAUAGCAGUGGAGAGCAGUGACAACACAGGGCCUCACGACUCCAUGGAAGUCUGUAUAUAUUUCACCCUUUGGUGGGCUCUGUGUUCAGAUGUCAUGUUUCUUCGCGCCCUUGUGUGUCUCCUGCCUCUGGUUCUCGCUCUUCCCUUGACGAGCGCGUGCCUGCAGUGCGACAGGCUCGUACGGCACUUGCACGAGGACUACCUGCUCACUUCCUCUUACGCGAGUGUGGAGGAUCAGAUCGAGCUGAAGAAGAUCAUCGACCACACCUACUUCCUCUACCAAGAGACCAGUAAUCGCUUCCUUGGCGUCAUCGAUCCCACCACUCUGUACAGAGCCAGGACUGAGUAUCAGAGCGAGUUUCACAAGUUCCUGAAGAGGCCGAUCGUAGAUGACAUACUGUUUGAGGCUAUCCUAAUAAUGGAGAAAGGUCGACAAAUCCUACAAAAACACCUGGAGGUCUUCUCCCGGACAGGUCUUUGUCCAAACAAGUGCGGAUUGCUGCAUCAGCGCGUGAUGGACUGCACCACCUGCCUCUACGAGAUGCGCACAUGUCUGUCUCCUGCCGGCCAGCGUGACUGUGGGGAGUACCAACUGGGUGCGGAGGAGGGGGAUCAGGCAGUGUUAAACUGCUUCCUGCCCUGGCACACUCUGGUUAUGGGACGCAAAGACUACCAGUACUCCCGUCACCCUGGGCUGACGUCGUGCCGGGGCGGUGACGCUGGCGUGUUGGUGGUGACCCCCGACUCCAGCAUCGUGCUGAACCAGCUGCGCAGAGACGAGCAGGGUGUCUACCGCUGCCUCCUACUGGACAGCGACGGAACUGUCCUGUCCUGCACACACUAUGUCCUCACAGUCACUCCUUUGCCCCUCACCACUCCCAGGCACAUCCCCACCCUCCCUACCCUUCCUCCCGACGAUGACCUCCCUCCUCCUCCUCCACACGGCCCCCGGCACAGCCACCUUAUUGGGGUCUUUGCUGCUCUGACAGCCCUGGCUCUGAUUGCCAGUGUGGCCAUCGUAGUGGUCUUUGGGUGAGUGCGUGCGGACGUGGGAAUAAACCAGGGCAAGAGUCGGUCAGCGUGGGUGUGAGCUGGGCGAUGACGCAGCGAAAC